UGGAACAACAAUUCCCCGACGAGGGAAGGAACCUCGCCUGGAAUAGUCAGCAGCGCCUGCAAGCACUCGCCAAACAUCGGAAACAGCCCCCUCAGCUACGUUCGUCACCCCGGACCGCGAAAUAGAAUCUGACCACAGUGUCCUCGCACUGCCCGUCCGACCACCUGAUCCUCCAAAUAUCCUCCGGGUGGGGUCCUUGAGGCCACCACUAUGACUUCCCUAAAGCAGUUCAUUCGGAACGUGCGUGCCGCAAAGACGAUUGCCGACGAGCGCGCCGUGGUGCAGAAGGAGAGUGCGGCAAUCAGAGCCAGCUUUAGGGAGGAAAGCCACGACUCCAACGUGAGGAGAAACAAUGUCGCAAAGCUCCUAUAUCUCUUCACGCUCGGCGAGAGAACGCAUUUCGGACAGAUAGAAUGCCUGAAGCUGCUGGCCUCCCCGCGCUUUGCGGACAAGCGAUUGGGGUACCUUGGAACGAUGCUGCUGCUGGAUGAGAACCAGGAGGUUUUGACGCUGGUCACAAACUCGCUCAAGAACGACCUCAACCACCCGAACCAGUACAUCGUCGGCCUCGCUCUCUGUACCCUCGGAAACAUCGCCUCCGUCGAAAUGGCACGAGACCUCUUCCCCGAAGUCGAAACCAUAUUGUCAAGCGCGAAUCCCUAUAUACGGCGGAAGGCCGCCCUCUGUGCCAUGAGAAUAUGCCGGAAGGUGCCUGAUCUGCAGGAACAUUUCUUGGAGAAGGCGAAGCUGCUCCUUCAAGACCGGAACCACGGCGUAUUGCUAUGCGGAUUGAACUUCGUGGUGAGUCUGUGCGAGGCCGAUGAGGCAGAGGACGACGAGAAUGGCAUAAAGGACAUGUUCAAGCCAAUGGUCCCCAGUUUGGUAAAGAUUUUGAAGGGCCUCUCAGCGUCCGGAUAUGCCCCAGAACACGAUGUGCAAGGGAUCACGGAUCCGUUCCUUCAAGUCAAGCUGUUACAGCUGCUUCGCGUACUGGGACGCGGUGAUGUGCAAGUCAGCGAGCAGAUCAACGAUAUUCUGGCGCAGGUUGCGACGAACACCGAGUCCUCCAAAAACGUCGGAAACUCAAUCCUCUACGAAGCCGUCCUCACCAUCCUGGACAUCGAAGCGGACUCAGGUCUGCGCGUGCUCGGCGUGAAUAUUCUCGGAAAAUUCCUCUCGAACCGCGACAACAAUAUCAGAUAUGUAGCCCUGAACACGCUCAUCAAGGUCGUUGCGGUGGAACCGAACGCUGUGCAGCGGCAUCGAAACACCAUCUUGGACUGCCUUCGCGAUCCUGACAUUAGCAUCCGAAGAAGAGCACUUGACCUAAGCUUCACGCUGAUCAACGAGAGCAAUGUCCGUGUUCUCAUUCGGGAGCUGCUUGCCUUUCUUGAGGUUGCCGACAACGAAUUUAAGCCUGUGAUGACUUCGCAGAUCGGCAUUGCUGCUGAUAGGUUUGCGCCGAACAAGAGGUGGCACGUUGAUACUAUGUUGCGCGUUUUGAAGCUUGCCGGCAACUACGUGAAGGAGCAGAUAUUAUCAUCCUUUGUCCGACUCAUAGCUACCACCCCCGAUCUUCAAACCUACUCCGUGCAGAAGCUCUACGCUGCUUUGAAGGAAGAUAUCACCCAGGAGGGUCUGACUCUUGCGGGCUCUUGGGUGAUUGGAGAGUACGGAGAUGCGCUGCUGAGAGGGGGACAGUACGAAGAGGAGGAGCUAGUCAAGGAGGUCAGACAGAGCGAUAUCGUCGACCUCUUCGAGUCGAUCCUCAACAGCAGCUACGCCGGGCUCAUUGUAACGCAGUACAUUGUCACAGCGUCGAUCAAGCUCACUACGCGAUUAAACGAACCUGCCCAAGUUGAACGUCUUCGGCGACUAUUGCAGAGAUACAACACCAACCUAGAUGUCGAAGUCCAGCAGCGCGCUGUUGAGUACCUCAAUCUCUUCGGGUUUGACCAGAUUAGGAAAGGCGUCCUUGAGAAGAUGCCACCGCCAGAGAUUCGCGAAGAAUCUCGAGUGCUAGGAGAGGCAACCAAAAGCAAGCGGCAGUCCAAGAUUGGCAAGAAGAAGCACACACAGGCAGCGACGGAGGACUUGUUGCUUGACCUGAUGGGCGAUUCAGGUGUGCCUGGAGACGUCAAUGGCACAGCCAAUGGCUCCCAGGCUCACAGUGCUGACUUACUCGCGGAUAUACUUGGUGGAGGCGGCCCGUCUGCCUCGUCACCACCACCUCAAACAACCUCGCCUCCACCUUCAAAUGUCGCCAACAUCAUGGACCUAUUCAACGCUGGCCCGUCCGCCUCUCCCGCGCCCACCCAAACUCGACAAGCUCCAGCAGCAGCAUCCUUGGACCUCCUCGGCGGUAUGGGUGGCAUGUCUUCACCACCGCCUCAGACCUCUACACCCCCAGUCGCUUCUGGCCCGCCGCCGCAUACCGCAUACAGUAAAAACGACCUCCAUGUGACGUUCCAGCUCAAGCGUGACGCCAAUGCCAUCCAGGUCUUGGCACGGUUCCGUAAUGUGGGAAGUUUCUCGCAUCUGUCAGGCGUGAGCUUGCAGGCCGCUGUACCCAGGAGUCAGAAGCUACAACUUCAGCCUAUAAGCACGAGCGAGUUAGAUGCCGGACAGGAAGCCACGCAGCAGAUGAGGGUAACAGCUGUCAAUGGGCCGCCGCCUGCGAGAUUACGAUUGAGGCUGAAGAUUGGUUACUCGGCUGGUGGGGGACCAGUAACAGAACAAGUCGAUUGGUCUGAGCCCACAUAAAUGAUUGAUCCGUAUUCUAUAGCGUCGGCGGAAUGGAUGGGGCUGGGGACAUAGAUCAAAUGGACGUGUGUCAUGUGGAAUGAUAGCAAGCGUGUUUAGCACCUUUAGGUGAUUGAAAGCAUUGUGUAUACGGCGGGCCCAGCGUCAGCGGGCAAAUCCACAAAAUACGUGAAUCUAGCUAGAGGAAGCCGUCUAACCGGUCACUUC